ACUAUCCCCCCUACAGAUUACAGUGACUGUUACGGUACUUGGAGAGUGAGUCAGCGGGGAGUUGCGUUGCCACAAAGGCAAGCUCCACGAAAUUGUAAAUCUUUUCUGGCUGCUGAUCGUAUUUGCAUAUGUGUUUCCAUUGCUUCGAAACGUAAACGAAGCUUUUGCUGAUGCAGUUAUUCAGUUCAGCAUAAGCCGUGAGCGAGCGAAGCUCAUCGAAGCUUUGAUCUGUCAAUUUUGAGAAUAUUACCAACCAGAGAAAUCCACUGAAAAUGGGCUGUGCAGCGGGAGUGAUUAGGUAUCUGGUGUUCCUGAUAAAUACACUAAGUUCGGUGGUGGGCCUUGCCGUUGCGGUGAUAAGCUCGCUGGCCCUUGAGGAUAUUAAUGAAGAAGGAAAACCCAUUCUCAUCAUGUUUAUUCUUGUCGGUGUGAUUGUGUUUGUGAUCUCGUUCUUCGGCUGCUUCGGUGCCAUCAAGGAGAAUGUGUGCAUGACGUGGACGUAUGCCAUCACGGUGCUAGCUGCUGCCAUCAUAUCCAUCAUCCUUUUGUGCAUCCUCGCUAGGCACACGGGUGAUCAAACCCUGGCCAAGAAUGAAUUGGAUGAUGCCUGGGCACAGCAGAAGAACCACACCGAUGCCAUGUCCAUUUUCCAAACGAAAUUGCACUGCUGCGGCAUAAAUGGAACCAGAGACUAUACCGAGGCGAAUCUAACUGUGCCCACCAGCUGCUUCUAUCCCAAUAGCGACCAAAAAGUCUACGAAGUUGGUUGCCUGGCCAAGCUAAGUGAGUUCUAUGAGAAUCUUUUGACGGGCUGCAAGACAUCUGGAUGGAUAUUCCUGGCCAUUGAGAUUGCUGCAUUUGCAUGCGCCGUGUUUUUAGCCAUAACAUUUAGAAAUGAGCAACGCCGUCGCUACUGAUGGUGCCUGAGGGCAACCAAUUCACAACUGUGGACUUUCAAUUGCUGCAUACUUUUGGUUACCACUUUUACUUUUCUCUGGGCCAUCGAUUAU